UGAGUUGGCCAGCAGCAACGUCACUCCCUGACGGCGGCAUCAGAGCAGCACGAGCGGCCAUCCGCGCAGCAGCGAGUCGCUCCGGAACUCGGCGGACGGAGACAGCAGCAUUGGACAGCGUCUGUCUCUCUGCUUUGGGACUGACUUGGACGGUGACUUUCCGCUUCCGUAGCUCAGUGUCUAAGUAACACCCAGGACCACAAGGCUUGAGCAAACACAAGAUGGUGAUUACCAGCAUGGCAUCCCUCAGAAGGACAUCACUGGCCAUGGACACGGAGAACAGAUGUUCGCAGUGAAGAGGAGCAGACUGGAGAGGAGGUAGUAACAGGUGCUGUGUGCCAAGGUGGAUUUGGAGGUGUGGAGGAGAGCUGAAGAUCAUGGGUAAAUCAAACAGCAAGCUCAAGCCAGAGGUGGUGGAGGAGUUGACGAGGAAGACCUACUUUACAGAAAAAGAGGUGCAGCAGUGGUACAAAGGCUUCAUUAAAGAUUGUCCAAGUGGGCAGCUGGACGCUGUGGGCUUUCAGAAGAUAUACAAGCAAUUCUUUCCUUUUGGAGAUCCCACAAAGUUUGCGUCAUUUGUCUUCAAUGUAUUUGAUGAAAAUAAGGAUGGACGCAUCGAGUUCUCUGAGUUCAUCCAGGCCUUGUCAGUGACUUCCCGGGGGACUCUAGAUGAAAAGUUGAGAUGGGCUUUUAAAUUAUAUGACCUUGAUAAUGAUGGCUACAUCACUCGAGAUGAGAUGUUGAACAUCGUAGAUGCCAUAUAUCAGAUGGUGGGGAACACUGUGGAGCUGCCAGAAGAAGAAAACACACCAGAAAAGCGAGUGGACCGUAUCUUUGCAAUGAUGGACAAGAAUGCAGACGGAAAGCUGACUCUGCAGGAGUUUCAGGAGGGUUCAAAGGCAGACCCUUCUAUUGUUCAGGCAUUGUCUCUCUAUGAUGGACUUGUGUAGGAAUGUAAGUGGUGAUCAUUCUCACAACUCCCCAGAUGGAUCCAGCUCAGCAUCCACGCGCCAAAUCCAGCACCAUCACACCUGCGACAGGAGGAAGCCGCAUUUAACUCACCCAGAAGUGGACUGCAAACUAUAGUCGCACGGCCGUACAGCAUUCGUGUCAAGUAGCUGUUCGUCUACAUUUCCAGUUCGGAUUGUAAACAAAUAUAUCCUCUGAUGUGGCGAAGACGUCAAACAUGUCAGCAAAACCCUCAGCCAUUUAUCUGUGCUUCUACAGCUAUGUGGCACCGCGUACACCCCUGAGUGUUGUGUACGAGCAUUUCUGCAAACGCAGUGUUGUGGUUUCCCUGUGGACAGUCUAAGAAACUGAAUUCCCCCCUCAGAUGUUCGUGUGCAUCUUAUUCACAUACUGUAAACCAAGGGGAUGCACUUGAAUCUCUCAGAGGAACUGUGCUGCUGCUUCACCACUACGUGGAGAGACUUGAAACCCGAGAGAAUCUGGAAAAAUGUGUUACUUGGUUAUAACGUGAACACUAAAAGUUACAAAGCAGUAGGCCUAUAGUGUGUAUAAUGUAAAUAGAGCGGUAAUUUAUUUUCUGCUUUGCUGCGAUUAUGGGAAUUUCCUCAUGAGUAUGGAAUGGAGUUUUAUUUUUUAUCAAAGGUGUUGACAUGUAUUGCACUGUAUUUUUCAUUAUUGUGGGAUUGUUUUACUCUCACAUUCUGAAGUUUCCUUUCCUGAGAGAACAGGGUUUUUAGAGUGUUGACGGAGCGGGGACUUUUCUAUGGAUUAUUUUACUAUGUUUGCGGUCUCUGCAUCCUUUUGUGUUUUCACUUCCCCGUUAGCACUAGUGUCUGCAGUGUUGCACAGCCACAUCCUGAACGACACGACUAAGAACACGGUGGCUUCUCACUGCUUGCAGGCUCAUUAUUUCUUUGAGAGCAUCCUUCUCCACCCUCAGCACACACAAAGCCCUGGUCAUUGAGAGGCACAAACAGACAUCAACUCUGGUUGUAAAGCUUUUGCGAGCUCCGUGGUUGCAAUUGUCCACUUUGUAUUUGUCCUGUGUGAGGCCAGAGCAUGUGACGAUGCCUUUUUUUCCAUUCUUGGAUUGUUCUAGUUUACAGCAUUAAGAUGUUUUGUCAGCUUCACUGAUUUUAUGCCUUAUGCAAAUGAGAAUUUACUAAAUGAUAAAUGUCAUUCUCCUGUUGAUUAACAGUAUAAGAGCACAGAAUAAAUGCAUUUAAGUGGCUAACUUUCC